AUGCUUCCCUGCCGCGCGCUCUCUUCCUGCGGGCGGCUUCAAAUGAUCCUCUUUUCGCACGUCCCCCUGCGACUCUCUGCGCCCAGCUGGAGAUCAUCUCCGUCACCGAUCCCAACCGAUCCGCACCUUGUGCUAUCCUCCCGUCUCCCGCAGCAAAUCAGCACGCGCCUCUCCUCAUCUGCUGCGGCCGCAGCGGCGGCUGCAGGCCGACCGAGCGCUGGCAAAUCCGCCGCCACUUCAGGGAGCGCAAGAAAAAGUGUUACUAGCGAGUCGCCGCUGCUUGCCAGUAGCAACAGCCAGUCUCCCCGCGUUAAACCCUCCGUCCGCCUUCGAUCGCAAGGCGUCACUCCCACUUCCGCCAACUCGCAUGCUACCCCGAGUGCUAAGCCCUCGACCCGCCGGCGAACGCGCACGGCUGCUGCUGGUGCUGCUUCCGGCGUGCCUGUAGCGGACGCGCUGAUAACGGGCGCCGGUGCUGUUACCGCGGAGGUCGCGACUGUAACGGGCUCAGCAGCGUCCGCGGAAGCACCCGCGCGGGCGCAGGCGGAAGGGGAAGGGGAAGAGGCGCAAGGAGCGCGGGGCGGCGGGGCGAUCCACGUGAUCACGGGGCCGAUGUUCGCGGGGAAGACGACGGCGCUGCUGGCGCGCAUGCACGAGGAGAUGGGGCGCGGCAGGUGCGUGUUGGUGGUGAAGUCAAAGGCCUACACGCGGUACGCACGGGACGCGGUGGUUUCGCACGAUGGCGCCGCCAUGCCCUGCCUCGCCGUGCGCUCCCUGCUGGAGGUGCUUUCAGCAGAGGGGGCGCACGGAGAGGCAUACGAGCAGGCGGCAGUGAUAGGGGUGGACGAGGCGCAGUUCAUUCACGGACUGGUGGAGUUCUCCCUCCGGGCGGCAGACCGUGACGGGAAGACACUGUUCAUCGCAGGGCUGGACGGCGACUUUCGGAGAAAACGCUUUGGCGAGUUGCUGGAUCUGAUUCCUCACGCAGACUCCGUGACAAAACUCGCCGCCCGGUGUGAGAUGUGUGGGCGGCCGGCGUCGUUCACGCUGCGCAAGACGCAGGAGACAAAGCUGCGGCUGGUGGGCGGCGCAGAGACGUACAUGCCAGUGUGCCGAACACACUACCUGAGCGGGAAAAGUGUUGUUGAGCUUGCUAGAGACUUAGGGCCUAAGCAUGAUUCGUCAAAAGAUUAUUCGUCUUAG